AUGUCCUCAAUUCCUCCUAAACACAAGGCGGUUGUCAUAGCAGGAACACCAGGUGGAGCGUAUCCAUUAUAUGAGGUGCAAGAGAUCCCCACAAUUACUGAUCUCAAGGAUUACCAAUUGCUGGUCAAACAGAAAGCAUUGGCGGCAAAUCCUACCGAUUGGAAACAUGCCGUCUUUGACUGGAGUAAGAGGGGCGUCGUUGUAGGAGCAGAUUCUGCUGGUAUCGUCCUCAAGGUGGGACCAAAAGUUGAGGGAUUUGGUGUUGGAGAUCAUGUCUCUUCCUUUGGCUAUGGUGGUUUCAUACCCCAUCCGACUGAUGGACUGUUUCAGGAGUAUGCUGUCGUUGACUCCAGAUGGAGUAUCAAUUACGGACAAACUCUCAAGUCUCGUCUAGAAGAAUCACGAAUUCCUUCAGGUAAGGUAGAUUCGUUUGAGAAUGCGGCUACUAUAACUUUGGGUCUUAUCACCAUAGGAAAUAGCUUUCAUCACCAUCUGGGAUUAAGAGAGAGCAAUCCUGAUAACAGCUCCAAGUAUAUUCUAAUUCUUGGUGGAGCAACUGCCACCGGAUAUUUGGCUAUCCAGGUGGCAAGAAAGAUCUAUGGUCUGAAUGUGGUAGCCACAGCUUCUCCGAAGAAUUUCGGAAAAUUGCAAGCCAUAGGCGUUGAAAAGGUGUUUGACUAUCAUGACGACGAAGUCUUUACUCAAAUCAAGCAGUAUGCCGGUGAGAACUUAAUAUAUGCUUACCAAACUACUGGAGAAGUUGAUCUUACUAGAGGAGCUCACUACGCUCUCGCUGAUCAUUCCCAAGCUUAUCUGAACACUAUUCAAAUUAUUUAUCCAGAAAAUCUAGCUGAGGCUGGUGUCGAGCUGAAGAGAAAUGUAAAGUUAUCAGCCACCUUGGCCUACACUACUUUGGGCGAAGAUCAACACUUCCCAAACCACGACUUUAAAGCUCAACCUGGCGAGGAACAAAGCCAUCAGGAGUUUUGGGCCUACGCUCCAAAGUAUAUCACGAACGGUGAUAUUCUGGCUAUUGAAGCUAGAGUUUUGGGAAACGGACUUGAUCUUGCAGAGGAAGCCGGCAGACUAGGAAAGGAGGGUCAGUUAUCAGCGGAGAAAGCGGUUUUCCGAGUUUAG